GAAUAAAGACUGCCAGAAUCGUUUGAUGCGAUCUGGCUUGCUUUCCUCGUCGUACUCAAUUACGUGGUAUGUUUCAGCUUACUUCAGGUCUCUAAAAUACUAGAUCUUAUUCUUUACUUCUUUGUUGGCCAUGCAACGUUUUCCCUAAGUUUGUUUAAGUAUGUUCGUAUGUGCCAGCGUCGGUAAUAAGAUAGGUUAGAACAACCACUUGUUAUCUUUUACAGAUGUUGCUUUUUGUGUCAAACUUCCUUUGUUGAUGGUUAAAAAUUCACGCCCACUAUGUCAAAACUCAGCUUCAGGAAUGUCUCGGGACAGUUUUUUUACCUGUUGUUGGUCAAGGUAUUUUUGCUAUUGUAGGUUUUUAAAAGCAUGUCAUACAAUAUAAAGAUUGACCUUAACGCAUAAUUCUUGUCUUGUAAGACGGUUUAAAGUCCCUUGCAUUUCAAUCACACUGACAUCGUAAUAAGAGUUUGUAUUAUAAUCCACUGGUCAAAUGGUAACUGUGUGCUCACACUUUCUGAAUAUUACGAACUUGUGAUGAUAUUAAGUCACUUCGGUAACAAAACAACGAGUGAGCGGUUUGUAAAAGUAAUAAGAUCUUGGCUACUCGGCCAAGUCUGAGAAGUUUAAUUUAGGACUGUUGAUGAUGCAGACGAACUUAACGCCAUUACAAAUCAGCAUUUUUACUGCUAUGAGAAAACGGACAUGUCAGUUUUGAUAAUAUUUAUACCACGGUUUAUUUUCGUGGUUCCUCACUCAGAACUUUAGACGCAUGCGAACGGAGAUUAUUAUUGGAAUGGCCGAAACAGCAAAAGACUACCUUAUUGAGUUAUUAUUGAGUAGUUUCCAGUGAGUACUUUUAAAUACUUUGUAAUGACAUUAGUUACGUAAGAGUUGUUACAACUUAUAAUCUUAUUACAACUGGUUUUUCUACAGUCAGGUUUCAUGACAGUUCAGAAAGUUUGUCACUUAAUAUCUUAUACCAUUAAAAGAUUAGUUUCUGUUUUUUUAUUUAGUGUUGUACCUCUAAUUGUAAUCCGAAUAAAUUGAAAACAACGCAAAGACAAUGCAGUUUGUGUGAUAGUAUUCAAGAUAUUGUAAACGAACUAAUAGAUUUGUUUUUCGAAUGUUUUCACAAUGUUUUUUUGCUGUUAGUUUCAUGAAAUUCUCUCAUUCGUAAUAUCGAGCUUGGUUCCAGUAUGCACAGGCUUGUUCUGUUAUAACAAGGUGGUGAGCAAACGGAUCGAAGCAGUGACAAAAUCAAUAAUAGUAGGGAGGACUGAAAGUGGAUGUUAAGAUUCCGGAAAAUAAAGUGCGUACACAGUUUUAAGUUUGUAAAGUAAUGUUGAAAAUCAAGAUUCAGAUAACGAUCAAAAUUGGAUUCGUCUCUAUUGUUGUGUAUGGUUGUGAACCAUCUCACCCAAGGCAUUUGACUAUUCACUAUAAAUAUCUUGUGAAUCCCAACCAGGUAGUUUGUAAAUCCCCAUAUAACUCUGUCUGGCUGCGAAAGUGAAUGAUGUCAUAUUAGUUUGGUUAUCUGUAGUCUUUCAACCUGCCUAUAAACUAGUCGCUAUUGAGACCCUAGGUACACUGUAAUCUGGCUUAAGUGACAUACUUUCUAACCACCUGAAUUGAACACGAUUUUACAGCCUUAAUAACCAAUUUGUAUAAUUUACCUAGUACCAUACAUCUAAUGCCAUCCUCGUUCACUAUGUUAAAUCAGAAUACAUGGACUAUGCUUCAAAAUACUAGUAGCUCAUAUGUUUUCUGUCACUUUAAAGGCUAUUUUCCAUAAGAACUAAGAGAAAUAAUGGAUUGCACACAGUAAGAUCGUCACUUAAUAUAUCGGUAUUUUGCGCACAUCACAAUUGGUGCAAAGUAGCACAGUCAAACGAUCGUGCGUAGACGGUCUAGGUAUGUCUAUCGACUGCAAAUAAAUCACUUUGAAAACUAUUCAUUCUCAGUCUUUACAAGCUAAAUAGAACCGCUCAACUCUUUUGGCAUACAUAAUCUCACAUAGAGCAUAAACAGUCAUAGAAUAUAGACUUUGCAGAUCGUUCACUGGUCAGUUAAAUUAUGAUUCGAUUAUAAGAUCUGAUUUUUCCCACCACAAAAGGCUUUUUGCCAUACUUAAAUUCGGGACAUCAAUUGUAAAUUACCGAAAAGGGAUCUUAAGAGAUGAAAUUUUUUGGAAAAAAAGCAAAGGAUAAAAUGAAAUUUGAACACAAAGUAUAGCAUUGUCGACCGUUUCACUUAUCUUAGAAGUCUCACCAGCCCUUGUGGUCUCGUGUGUGACGAAAUCUCAGCACGGAUACACAGGGCAUGACUAGCUUUUGCCGACCUGGGCCAUUUAUGGCGUAGGCGAGAUACCCGUCUACCAGCCAAAGGAUUGGUUUGCUGCGCAUCAGUUCGUUCCGUCCUACUUUAUAGCAGUGAAACGUGACCGGUAAGAGAAGAGGAUAUUCGUAGGUUACUAGUAUUCGAUCAUAGGUAUCUUCGAAACAUUGCUCGUAUAUCCUGGGACAACCGAGUAAGCAAUGCAGAUGUUAGGAAAUGGGUACUAGGGAAGAAUCUCAAAUCGUUUGAUGAAGUAGUGAAAAUUGAUCAGUUGAGAUGGCUGGGACACGUGUUACGUAUGCCCAACGACCGACUACCCCAAUGUGUGAUACUUUAUGAUGUCGGAGUGGGUUGGAAAAAAUCUAGGGGCAGUCAGACCAAAACAUGACACAAAUCCAUGAAGUCAUUGACAAGUAGACUGAGUCAUGUUGGUAGGUGUAGACUAACUGAUUGGAGACCGCGAGAUGAUAGCAACCGAUGGUUUAAGACCCUGAAUGAUAUGGCUCAAAAUCGUUUGCAAUGGCGCAGGUGCAUCCACUCUUUGUGUUCUCCCAAAUUCCAAUCUUCUGAAUUAUUCAUGUCCCUUUUUUCCUCUUUCCAAAUUUAUUUCACUGUAUUAUACUCCUUGAAUAACAUCUUCAAACCCUGAUCUUUCCGAUUACUUUUUAUACUCUUACUACCUCUACCACUACGGGAUUUGAAUCGAUAACUGCAUCUUUGUGCUAAUGUGGUGUGGCAACUCGAACUGAUAUACGUACGUACAAAGUCCCACGUUGUUACUGACAGACUGGUUGUAUAUUACUGACUUGAAGGUCGAACAAGUACAUUUAAACUUCUGUAAUAUAUUUGAUCAAAACCACUGAAUAGCGAACUUUUAUCUCUUACACCAUUUCUGUCAACCAUUGUUUAUUAUAUACUGUCCUAUUUCAGUCUUUCCGUCUCUUACGUCAACGUAUAUUUUACAGGAUAAAACAACGCUGUGCAAUAAAUGCAAAUUAAUGCACUUUCUUCAGUUGGUUAGCUGAAAUUAAUUAAACAGAUGUAUUAAAAUAUACUGGCAGUGAACUAAAACGUUUUUCUGCUCCGAAAGCAUCAAUUCUACAAAAAACUCAUCGCAAAAUAAAGGUGAAAAUCAGCUCUAACGGAUUUUAUUGAUUAACUGAAAGUAUGGAUGCUUAAAAACUACGACUUCACUUUAUACCAUAUUGCAGUAGUUAACAAUGGAUUUUCGCGAGUUGAACAAAAUCAAGAAAGAAAAUAAAAAGAAGCCCAUACUUGUAAUUAAAGAUCGAAAAACUGUUCUGUCGGCUUUGGAUAUUCAAAAGUUGUUAGGCUUGACGAUUUUCCCCCAACAUUUCGUUAAAUGGCCUGAUUGGUGUUCAGUCACCAAGCCCUCGUUCAUCAAGAAUAUUGUUCUGAUAUUUAUUAACAGAGUAAAUACUCUAAAAUCGAACGAGAAAUAUGGACAACAGUUUGCUCUGAUGUUUGGGGAGCCACUGAAAGUAUUAAAUCCAGAAGCUUAUAAGUAUACAUGGGACAGAGAAAUUUCUACUGUCCCCAGAAGUUUCCUCACAACUCACGCAGCAGCUAUGGCGGAUUUAAAUAAGUCAAUACUAACUCCUGUUCCCCGUCGCACGUGGAUAGAUGAUGAAAAGACUAUUGAUAAAAUGCGUAUAAUCAAAUCAGUUCAUGAAAUAACUAAAGAACAGUUACCUUCACAGACUACUAAUUCUACUUCUACUACUACGACAACUACUAAUGGACCAGUAGGAAAACGUACUCUCAAAAGAAAAGCUGAUAAACUUUUUCCAUUACCUAUACCAGGUACACCUGAUGCAUUUGAUAGAACUUUACUGAUUUUAAAUGUUGAGCAAAUGAAAAAAGAAAACGUUCCAUUACCUAAUGAAUUAUUAAUCGACCAACGUAAAUACUUCAAAAACCGUUCAGAUUUUGUACCGAGUAAACCUGCAUACCUUCCUGUGUCAGCCAACAGCCCAAUGUAUGCAGUAGACUGUGAAAUGGUACUUACAUCCGUAGGAAGUGAGUUGGCUCGAGUGACUAUGGUUGAUGAGAAGGCGACAGUUAUGUUCGAUCGUUUAGUGAAACCGCCAAAUCCUGUUACAGACUAUUUAACUAAAUUCAGUGGAAUUACUAGAGAAAUGCUUGCAUUAAUAGACACUACACUGGCAGAUAUACAGCGUGAAUUAGCUGAAACGUUACCAGGAGAUGCUAUCUUAGUUGGUCAUUCGAUUGGAAAUGAUUUAGAAGCCAUGAAGGUUUUUCAUCCGUAUUUAAUUGAUACAAGUGUCAUCUAUAAUCUGAAAGGCAAUAGAGCGGCUAAAACACGUCUUCGAUUUCUAUCAGAACAUUUUCUUGGACGUAUGAUUCAAACUGGUAAAGGAGGUCAUUCUUCCGCUGAAGAUGCCAUUGCUACAAUGGAUCUGGUGCGAUUAAAAUUAAGCCAAGAUAUUGGCUUUGGUGAUGUGACUACAUCUUGGCGUUUCCCAGAAGAUUACCAAUCGCCAAUAGAAACCAAGUCUGCUAGAUUUACUGCAUUAACAAGUAAUAAACAAAACUCAAACAUCUCUGGUUGUUUACAGCAAUACAACAAUACUACUAACGACAAUAACCUUCCAUUUAUUUCAUCAACAUGUAAUGAUUUAUUAACAGAAAGUCAAUAUUUUGAAACUCAUCCAGUUUUUCAAGAUCAUCUAUUAAAAUUAUGUUCAUUUUAUAAAUCUUUGGGUAAACCAAUUCACUUGUUUAAUCGUUUACUACAUGAUUCCGGUAUAACUUAUGCUUAUUGGCCAAUUUAUCAAGGAGAAAACGACAAAGAACAACAACAACAACAAAGAGAAGAACAAGAGAGAGAAAAGGAAUCAGUUCAGCAUAUUACUACUGAUUCAAAACAUAGCGAAAUUUUCAUACCUAUAAAUUUUAAUUCAACUGAUCAUCAAACGACCACUACUGAUAAUGUAAAUACAACAACAACUACUACUACUACCAACAGUGAUGAACCUACAACAACAUUGACAGUAGUCAAUAAGAUUUCGAAAAAAUUAUCAAAUUACAUCGUUGAUUUGUGUAAUUCACAUAGAUUAGUAAUGAUACAGGCGAAUUGUUCGCCUGAAUGGGAUAAAGAAAAAUGCUAUCAUAAAGUGUGUAAAUUCUGUACAAAAUUAUAUUCAAGUUUAGCAGAAAAUAGUUUAAUCGGUGUUAUUUGUACAGGUUCCGAAUUUCAAAAGCCAUUGUCUAAAAAACGUACACAUGCAAACAUUUUAAAAUCAGCUUUAGGCAAUUUUUAUAUAACACUCAAUUCAAAUGUUGUUGUUCAAACUACAACUGUUGAUAAUGAUUCCAAAUGA